AUGGCUGAUGAUCUAACGGAAAUUUACGGCCGCCUAGCGAUCAAUAAUGAUGAGGAGGAAGUUUUGGACUUGGGGAGUAUUGUUACGGAGGAAAACGACGAUAAAGUUGCACUAAUGCUUGUAGGGAGACUAUUAACAGACCGCCCUUUCAAUGUGGAUGCUUUUCAGCGAACGAUAAUACAAUCAUGGGCAAUGACGGGGAAGGCGGUUGUGCGUAGUAUUGGACCGAAUUUGUUUGCUUUUCAGUUCUUUCAUUGGCGUGACAAAGAGAAGGUUAUUCUCGGUGGACCCUGGUGUUUUGAUAACCAACUCCUGAUUUUGAGCGAGGUUACAGGGGAUGAACAACCAACGGAGGUAGCCCUGAAUUUCUCACCUUUCUGGGUGCGAAUCCGCAACCUCCCUUUCAACUGUCGAACAAAUGCUCACGUAAAGGCAGUUGCUGGCUGCCUAGGAGCGGUUUUGGAGGUGGAGGACGAUGAUGUUGGAAUUGAUAAGGACCGCAGAGUUCGGGUUUUGCUAGAUGUGCGGAAACCACUACGGCGGGAAAAGACUAUAAAGAACAAAAGAGGCAUGGAUGUGGUGGUGGAGUUUCGGUAUGAACGCUGA